CCUGCUGCCCAGUGCCUUCUCUUCUCCCGUACACGCCGCGUGCGCGCGCCGUGCUCUCUCUCGCUCGUCAGGACAACUGCGCGACCGCCGCUGCCCGACGCCAGGCGCCCAGGUCUCCGCCGACCCCUUCGCCGGAGACGAACGAGCAUCCACAGGUUUUUCUGUUAGUGAUUUUGUUCUCUGGUUAUCUGCUCCACUAGGGGAAAAAUGGCAAGCAGAGCAGGUGGUGAUGGCAAAGAAGCCAUAAAUGAACAAGUAGUCGCCAACACUUACACCAACAUGCGUACCGAAAUGAACCAGCUCUACACGAAGAUCACAGAGCUGGAGAUGGAGGUCAGUGAGCACUCCCUUGUGAUAGGCGCGAUCGAGCCACUGGAUCCCUCAAGGCGGUGCUACAGGAUGAUUGGCGGUGUCCUGGUAGAGAGGACCAUCAAGGAGGUCCUUCCUGCUGUAAAGCGCAAUAAGGAGGGCCUCGAAGAGGUGAUUGCCCGCAUGCAUGAGGCACUGGAGAGGAAGAAGAAAGAGAUCACCGAAUUUGAGCUCAAGUACAAGAUCAGGAUCCGGAAGGCUAACAAUGAUGCCAAGGAUGAAGGUGGCAAGAAGGAAGGCACUGCACAGGGAGUCCUUGUUGGUCCUGCCGGACAGUAAUAAAAUUUAAUUAGAGAGACCUGGAUGCUACGAGUUAUUAUCCUUUAGACAGCAGGGAGGUGGUUGCUCUUUGGUAGUUGUGUAGGCUUUGGGGUGACAUACUUCUGUAGAACCGGUGAUUUUGUGUAAAAUCCAAUAUUAUCCUUAGAUGAGGACCCCAUUGGGAAUUGGAAUAGUUUGAUAAGAUGUGAUAUGGUUUCUGCAUCUGUUCUUCUGUUGGAUCGGUUAUCCAAGUGUUUCUUCUUGUUGA